CUGGGAGAUGCUGAGCACUUGGUCCCUGUGCACACACAGCUGCCUGUCCCCCCUUCUCCUCCGGUGGUGGGGAGGAUUUUGGAUGUCUCUUCCCUAUUAGGAGAGGCGGGUUCAGUGCUGACUUGUGUUCUGGACAGAAGACAUCGCUCUCGCCUUCUCUCUCUCUACACUUUGGGGUCCCUGUUGUUUUUUUUUUUUUCCGCAGACUGACACAGGAGCCCCCCCUGGAUGGAUUGCAAGCCUUAGGGGUCACUGUAUGGAAUUCCCCCUGACUCUCCUCCUGUUCUAGGUGUCGAUGAUGAUCCGGUUCCUGAUCGUCUCGCUACUUUUUGUUGUGAUUCUCGCAGCCCCGCCCCCCAUUAAUCGUUUGGCCCUCUUCCCUGAUAAAAGCGCCUGGUGUGAGGCGAAGAACAUUACGCAGAUUGUCGGGCACAGCGGCUGUGAGUCCAAGUCUAUCCAGAAUCGGGCCUGCCUCGGUCAGUGCUUCAGCUACAGCGUCCCCAACACGUUCCCCCAGUCCACGGAGUCCCUGGUGCACUGCGACUCCUGUAUGCCGGCCAAGUCCAUGUGGGAUGUGGUGACGCUGGAGUGUCCAGGGAACGAGGAGGUCCCCCGCGUGGACAAGCUGGUGGAGAAGAUCUUACGCUGCAGCUGCCAGGCCUGUGGCAAGGAACUGAGCCAAGAGGGCGCCAUGUUUAAUGUUUACCUGAACACAGCAGAGGAGGCGCUAUCACCGGCCGAGAAUAUCGGGCGACACCAGCAGGACCAGGAGGCGCCCCCCACCGCUCCGCGGGACGGAGAAAGUGAGGAGUAAUGGGGGGCCCCAACCCCAAAGACAUGUCUCCCCAAUGCUGCACCCCCUGCAGAGACUUAGGCCCGGGGCCCCCGCAUGGACUACUGGCCCCCUACAACCACCCGACUAGGACCCAGACAUCAGGAUCAUCAGAACCCCAAUAAUAUAAUCUACACCCCGAACACAUCCUGAUCCUCUACUGAUCCUGAGAUAAUAAAUCUUAUACUGCACUCACCUCCAGAGCUGCGUUCACAAUUCUGCUAAUGCAGAUAAAGCAGUGCUCCCCAACCUGUGGACCUCCAGCUGUUGAAAAACUAGAACUCCCAGCAUGCCCAGACAGCAUAGCUUAUUGUAUAAUGCAGUGUUUCAUAACAAAUGUGCCUCCAGCUGUUGUAAAACUACAACUCCCAGCAUGCCCGGACAUCCUUUGGCCUUGUUUUUCCGAAGUGGUGAUGAGCAGAAUGCUGAAUGCUGCUCUGGAGGGAAGUACAGGACAUGGCGGAGCUUUGGGAUCAGUACCUGAGAAAUAAUGAGACGUUGCUGCACAUUAUAUGUAGUUGGUAAUAAUACAGCGAGGCUUCUAGGCGCAGCCGCACGCAGGUUUACCGCCACCGCCGGUGUCUUGUAUAUCCUUCAUUGUUCUCUGUGACCCUUCAGAUCAAGGGAUCUCUAUGGACCCCGAUGACAGCACCAAUUGUUGGUCUCCAAUACUGGGUGACAACCGUUAAUUCCAGUCAUAGCAGACGUGCCCAUAGGCAGGCAUAGCAGACGUGCCCAUAGGCAGGCAUAGCAGACGUGCCCAUAGGCAGCCAUAGCAGACGUGCCCAUAGGCA